ACUGCAAGUGGCCCGCACGGACUUAUUCAGCCACCGCGGAGCUGUAGUGCCCAGCCCGCCGCCCCCCGCCGCUGUGGGAUGCUGCGCUCCACGUCCACGGUCACCCUGCUCUCAGGAGGUGGCGCCAGGGCGCCCGGGACGCCCAGCAGGAGGGCAAAUGUCUGCAGACUGCGGCUGACUGUACCUCCUGAGAGUCCAGUUUCAGAGCAGAGUGAAAAGAAGGUUGAAAGAAAAGAGCAGCAUCCUGACCUAAGCAAUGGAGAACCUACCAGGAAACUCCCCCAGGGUGUUGUUUAUGGUGUGGUGCGAAGAUCAGAUCAAAAUCAGCAGAAAGAAAUGGUGGUGUAUGGGUGGUCCACCAGUCAGCUGAAAGAAGAGAUGAACUACAUCAAAGACGUGAGAGCCACUUUGGAAAAAGUCAGGAAACGAAUGUAUGGAGAUUAUGAUGAAAUGAGACAGAAGAUUCGACAGCUCACCCAGGAACUAUCAGUUUCUCAUGCUCAGCAGGACUACCUAGAGAACCACAUCCAAACCCAGUCAUCAGCCCUGGAUAGCUUUAAUGCAAUGAACUCUUCUUUGGCAACGGACUCCAUUGGCCUGCAGAAAACCCUUGUGGAUGUUACUUUGGAAAAUAGCAACAUUAAGGAUCAAAUCAGAAAUCUGCAGCAGACGUAUGAAGCAUCCAUGGACAAGCUGCGGGAAAAGCAGAAGCAGUUAGAGGCAGCUCAGGUUGAAAACCAGCUGCUGAAAAUGAAGGUGGAAUCGUCCCAAGAAGCCAAUGCUGAGGUGAUGAGAGAGAUGACCAGGAAGCUGUACAGCCAGUAUGAGGAGAAGCUGCAGGAGGAGCAGCGGCGGCACAGCGCCGAGAAGGAGGCGCUCCUGGAAGAAACCAAUAGUUUUCUGAAAGCCAUUGAAGAAGCCAAUAAAAAGAUGCAGGCAGCAGAGAUCAGCCUCGAGGAGAAAGACCAGAGGAUUGGGGAGCUGGACAAGCUGAUUGAGUGCAUGGAAAAGGAACGCCAUCAACUGCAGCUCCAACUUCUAGAGCAUGAAACAGAAAUGUCGGGAGAGACAACUGACUCUGAUAAGGAAAGGUAUCAGCAGCUGGAGGAGGCGUCGGCCAGCCUUCGGGAACGGAUCCGGCACCUGGACGACAUGGUGCACUGCCAGCAGAAGAAGGUCAAGCAGAUGGUUGAGGAGAUUGAAUCAUUAAAGAAAAAGGUGCAGCAGAAACAGCUCUUGAUAUUGCAGCUUUUAGAAAAGAUCUCAUUUUUAGAAGGAGAGAAUAAUGAACUACAAAGCAGGUUGGACUAUUUAAUAGAAACCCAGCCCAAGACUGAAGUGGAAACCAGAGAGAUCGGAGUGGGCUGUGACCUUCUACCCAGAAAAUUCAUUUGCAAAUUGCCCGACAAAGGUAAAAAGAUCUUAAACUCUAUUGCCAAACUGAAAGCUGCCAUUGCAGAACGUGAAGAAGUUAGAGGAAAAAGUGAACUGUUUCAUCCUGUUAGUUUAGACUGUAAGCUAAGGCAAAAAGCAGUUGUCGAAGUUGAUGUGGACACUGAUAAGGCCAAGAAUUCUGACCAGAUACUUGAUACUUCAUCACCAGCUCCUGGCUGUUCCUCUGUAGAUAACAUCACAUCAUCUAAAACAACCUCACAAAAACAGAGACUUGUAUAUCCUAUUCAUAAAGGUGAUGAAGAGACUGAAGAGGCCGAGUCCACAGUGAAGUGCCCGGCUUCCAGCAACAGAGCCAGGACACUUUCCUCUCCUGAAACUAAUGAGCAUCUUCUUCAGCAUUGCGUUUCAAGUCAAGCAGAGGAUACUUCUGGCAACUUGGAUAAUCUGUUAAUUGACAAGUUACAAAGGAUCAAAAUUGCCGAUCAAGGUGAACACCACUCAGAAGAAAACACAAGUGCUGAGAACUCGACAGGGCUCUGUAGUGGGACCCAGAAGAAGCCUCAUUACAUGGAAGUGCUAGAAAUGCGAGCCAAAAACCCAGUGCCCCUUCCACAUAAAUUUAAAACCAAUGUGUUACCUUCCCAGCAGAGUGACACGUCUAGUCAUGGUCAGAGGGAAGAGUCUCCUGUUUCCUCAGAGGAGCGGCGGCGCAGGGAUAAGCAGCACCUUGAUGACAUCACGGCAGCUCGGCUUCUGCCACUUCCCCACCUGCCUACACAGCUGCUCUCCAUAGAAGAAUCUCUGGCACUUCAGAAACAGCAGAAACAGAAUUAUGAGGAGAUGCAAGCAAAGCUUGCAGCACAAAAAUUGGCUGAAAAACUGAACAUUAAAAUGCAGAGUUAUAAUCCAGAAGGGGAGUCUUCAAGAAAAUACCGAGAAGUACGGGAUGAAGCUGAUGAUCAGUCAUCUGAUGAUGAAUUCUGAAGAUGGGCGUUGGGAUAAUAUAAAUCUCUGACUGUUGAGAUGUCAUUGUCUUACAUCAGACUUCUUAGCAAGUAUCAGGAUCCGUGUCAGACAUUGUUGAGGAAAAUAAUCUUAUAAAAAUACACAAAGGUAGUUAUAAAAACAGCCCAGUCUGUCUUUCAGGAGGUGACUCUAAUGUGCUUGAAAAGUUUAAUAUUUGAAUGUUGUGUUUAACCACGUUGUAUUAAAGUUUUGCAGUAUGUCGUGCAUUGGUCUGAUAUUUUAGUAUUUAGUAGAGCACAUUUUUUUGCCUUUGAGCCAAAUGAAAGCAGGAAAUUUUGCCUUUUUCUUUCCUCAUUCUUACCUCUAUCAAAUAGUGUUUAUUACAUGUCUUUCAGUGAAAUACUUAGUUGUCUCAGGCACCUAACUAAAAUAAAUAAGAAAGACACAGUUCCCUCUAAUUUUGAGAAAGAAAGGGAGCUGUAUAGAGAAUUGUGUGCUGUUUGUAUGAAGCUAUUGAGAAAAUGGAUGCGUAAUACCUAGGAAGACAUUCAGAGAAGAUGCCUCACAAGCUUCCUUCUGUCUUUCCUUAGAAAGAAUGUUACCUUCCUUCUGAUUAGGAGUAAUGAAUACUUUUAAUAGAAACUGGAGAGUGAAGUGUCUUUGUAGGUGGCCAGGUUUGCCUGGAAUAACAGAAGGUAGAGGAAGAGUCCAAACUGACUGAGCUAGGAGAAAGGAGUGUUUCACUUGGCUUGAGUUCAUUGCCCUCACAGAUGAUAGGUUCAUGUGCAGGACAUCAGUGUUUGGUAAGGAAACCUUUUUUUUAAGUUACAGUUAAACUGUUGUCUGUAUAUUGCUUUUUUCUCCAAAAGAGGCAUAUAUAGGCUGCAAAAACCUCAAUCUCGUGUGUGUGUGUGUGUGUAUGUGUGUGUAUAUAUAUAUAAAUAUAUGUUCAUGUCAUAUUAAAGGAUUAUAUGAUUGUCUCCAGAGAAUUUAACACUUAAAUUAUCAAAAAAUUCUUUAAUAUGUUGAAACCUUUAAAAGUGUUGAAAGAAUAAAAUACUAAUUAGACCAACUUCAGAUGCUAGUGGUGAUGUUUUACGGGUUCUUAAUUAAAUUUUACUUCUCGGAAAGGGACUUGUUCAUAUAUGAAAUUAGAUGGAAAAUAACAUUAGGUCAGAUGUCCAUGUGAUAGGGAGGGCUGUUCUCCUUUGUAUGCAUUUCCAGGUGUGUGUACUGUUUUCUAUUCCUCUGUAUCCUCAGAAAGCACUAAAAGUCUCAUUUUUAGUUUUUAAAACAGUAAAUGAGUUCACAACAUGAAAAUGUUUUAUGUUCUUUGUCUGUAGAAUGAUAUAAUACAUGCUACUUUUGGAAAGUUGGAUAAUACAGAAGGGCUCAUGUACAUGUCUGGGCAGCCCCCUGACCUGCCACCCAGAGACAGCCUCCAUUAACAUUUGGGUGUUUGACUUUUACUCAUUUUUCUACAUGUAAUUACACACGUAUAUUUUAAGAAAUGUAAUUGGACCAUGCAUUGUUUCAUAGUCCAUAUAUUAGAAAUAUUUCCCAUAUUAAGUAUUUUGUAUUUUAGAUAGCUACAGAAUAUUCCAUUUCCUUGGUGUAUUACAACUUUUAGAAUGAAUUUCCUAUGUUUUUCAUAAUAUGCAAACAGUGAUGUGAUCACCAUCUUCAAAAGGCAGUUGGCAUCUGUGCGAAGUGACUUACUUCCAGACAAUACCUUUACAGAACAGGAAUUGUUGGGUGAAAGAGUAUGUAAGUUUUAAGGAUCUUGAGGUGUUACUACAUUCAUUGGAGAGAUUGUGUCCAUUUACAGUCCUAGAAGCAAUAGAUCAAGCCCCUAGAACUGAAAAUUACUAUUUGAAAUCUUGGGAGAUUGAAUUAUUACAGAAAAGGGCUGUAUAUAAAAUUUGUAUUUCUUUGAUCAUCUAGUAAAGUUGACUGUUUUUCAUGCUUAUUGGCCAUUUAUAUUCAUUCUUUUGAGAAUUAUUCAUAUUUUUUUUGUUACUUUUUUGGAGAUUCUGUCCUUUUUCUUGAUUUGUAAGUUUUGAUUUCUUAAGAAUGUCCAUCCUUUGUCCUAUAUUGUAAUUAUAUUUUCAGUGUGUUGGUUGCUGUUUUAUAGUUUAUGGCAUUGUACAGUAGAAGUUUU